AGUAUUAGCAGAGCAGAUCUGCGUCAAAUUAACUAUGGUCACGUGGUGUUAGUACGUCACAUGUAAACCUGGGGGAAGAUGGCGGCCGCCGGAGGAGAGCCCUCUCAGAUUGUAUCGGAUGAAUUAUUUCAAAACUUUUAUUCAGAGGUGAAGCAGAUUGAGAAAAGAGACUCUGUGUUAACCUCCAAGCAGCAGAUAGACAGACUGCUCAGACCUGGCUCGUCUUACUUCAAUCUCAAUCCCUUUGAGGUACUGCAAAUUGAUCCAGAUGCAACAGAUGACGAACUGAAGAAAAGAUUUCGGGCGUUGUCCAUUUUGGUCCAUCCAGACAAAAAUCAGGAUGAUCCAGACAGAGCACAGAAAGCCUUCGAAGCUGUGGACAAGGCAUACAAACUCCUCCUGGAUCCUGAACAAAAGAAGAGAGCCUUAGAUGUGAUCCAUGCGGGAAAAGAAUAUGUGGAGCACAUGGUUAAGGAGAAAAGGAAACAGUUGAAGAAAGAAGGGAAGCCAUUGGAUGUGGAGGAGGAUGACUCUGAAGUGUUCAAGCAAGCAGUGUACAAACAGACCAUGAAGCUAUUUGCAGAGCUUGAAAUCAAGAGGAAGGAAAGGGAAGCAAAGGAAAUGCAUGAAAGGAAAAGGGCAAGAGAGGAGGAAAUCGAGGCAGCAGAGAAAGCAAAACGAGAGAGAGAAUGGCAGAAAAACUUUGAGGAAACAAGAGAUGGCCGUGUGGACAGCUGGAGGAACUUCCAGGCCAAAGGCAAGAGCAAGGAGAAAAAGAACAGGUCCUUCCUCAAACCACCAAAAGUCAAGAUGGAACAGAGGGAAUGAUGCUGUAAUAUUGGACUUCACUAGAUUAAAACCCACUGUUUUAAAAACCCCUCAGCUCUAUGUAUCCUCACCUCGUCGUCUGCAGUCAGCUGUGUAGUCGUCAUCAGGAUACUUGUUGUACAACAACUUCCUCAUAGUUUUGUACUUGGUUUUCUAAUGUACAUACUUGAUGUGAUCUGGACACCAGAGAUCAUACCUGCCUCAUGUACGAAAGAGAAAUGAUGCAUCUUCCAUUUCUGCAAUUCACAAGAAAAAUGUGGUUUGUCCUUUUUUUUGCUUCUUUAUUUUUUAAAAACUAAAUAAAGCUUGGUAUUAACAAGCCUACCUUACUGUGGUCUACAAAGCUGAGCCUAAAAUGUGUCCACACAAAAUGUGUCAUAAAGUAAACUGAUCGGUAAAGCAGAGUUCAGGAGCUUGUUAUCUGAAUCUGCGUAUGGUCUUACUGCUUUUUUAGGAUCUGCUUAUCACAGAUCACUUUACAAACCAAGACAAUAUUGACCAGAUUUAUCUUGAAAUAUGUCAGAGCAGAACAAGGAAAUAUUUCUGGACCAGCAGCUACUUGUUAACAGAAAUGUUUUGUAUUUUGUUAUGAGUCAGCGAUUCAAGUUUUGCAGUUUUAGUGUCUUGAUACCCCCAUCAGUUCUGCAUGUUUAGAUCUAUUUAGUGAAAUACUGUCAAAAUAACCACCAACACCUGACAGGUGUUUGUUGCACAUAAUUUCCUAUUUAUGUUGUUUUGGGAAAACUGAAUAAAAAUCAUUUUACCUGCUUA